UCAUGUUUACUAACCACACUAUUAUUUUCAACAUUUAAAGAUAGUUACCCUUUCGUUUUGUUAAAAUCUUUAGGAAACGUGUACCUUCUGUCAACGGAAGCUCUUUGGAAUGUGGGGAACUGGGUCCGAUAAUACUAUCGACGAUGACGAAGGCCAUUGCGAUGGAGACGACUGUAAAACGAUGGGCGAUGGAACCAAAACACAUCAUAGCGUUAACAAAGACACUGAUGGUGAUGGAACUCCAGACUGGAAAGAAAUCGACACAGAUGGCGAUGGUAUUCCCGAUUAUGUUGACGAUGAUAUUGAUGGAGACGGAAUUCCUAACGAGAAAGAUUCUGACAUCGACGGUGAUGGUAUUCCAAAUGAGCAAGACGAUGACGAUGAUGGAGAUGGAAUUCCUGAUACAUACGAACAGGAUACUGACGGCGAUGGUAUUCCCGAUUAUCUUGACGAUGAUAUAGAUGGAGAUGGUAUUUUAAACGAAGAAGAUGACGAUGAUGAUAAUGAUGGCGUACGUGAUGAGAUGGAGGAUUCAGAUGGAGAUGGAAUUCCAGAUAUUAAUGAUGACGACGAUGACAAUGAUGGAAUUCCGGAUUAUAAGGAAAUUGACUCUGAUAAUGAUGGGGUACCAGAUUAUUUAGAUGAUGACGAUGAUAAUGAUGGUGUUCCAGAUGAACUUGAUGAUGAUGACGAUGGGGAUGGUAUACCUGACAGUCAACAGAGAGACACAGACGGUGAUGGAAUAUCUGAUUAUUUAGAUGAUGAUGUUGAUGGAGAUGGAAUUCCGAAUGAAGAUGACGAUGAUAUUGAUGGGGAUGGUAUUUUAAAUGAGAACGAAAGAAACAUAAAUCAACGGAAAGACACUGAUGGAGAUGGCAUUCCGGAUUAUUUGGACAAAGACAUUGAUGGUGAUGGAAUUCCCAACGAUAAAGACGAUGAUAUUGAUGGUGAUGGUAUACCAAAUAGCAAAGAUGACGAUGAUGAUGGAGAUGGUGUCCCGGACUGGAAAGAAAAAGACACAGAUGGAGAUGGGAUACCAAAUUACUUAGAUGAUGACAUCGAUGGUGAUGGUAUACCGAACAAUAAAGACAAUGACAUUGACGGGGAUGGAAUACCGAAUAUAAAAGACGACGAUGAUGAUGGGGAUGGAAUUCCCGACCAUCUUGAAAAGGACACAGAUGGUGAUGGUAUACAUGACCAUAUUGAUGAUGAUAUUGAUGGUGAUGGAAUUCCAAAUAAUAAAGACAAUGAUGAUGAUGGAGACGGAAUUCCAGACAAUCUCGAAACGGACACAGACGGUGAUGGCAUUCCAGACUAUCUUGAUGACGAUAUCGACGGAGACGGUACUCCAAACGAUCAAGAUGAUGACAUUGAUGGUGAUGGUAUACCAAAUAGCAGAGAUGACGAUGAUGAUGGAGAUGGUGUUCCGGACUGGAAAAAAAAAGACACAGAUGGAGAUGGUAUACCAAAUUACUUGGAUGAUGACAUCGAUGGUGAUGGUAUACCAAACGAUAAAGACAAUGACAUUGACGGGGAUGGAAUACCGAACAUAAAAGACGACGAUGAUGAUGGUGAUGGAAUUCCCGACCAUCUUGAAAAGGACACAGAUGGUGAUGGUAUACAUGACCAUAUUGAUGAUGAUAUUGAUGGUGAUGGAAUUGAAAAUAAUAAAGACAAUGACGACGAUGGAGACGGAAUUCCAGACAAUCUCGAAACGGACACAGACGGUGAUGGCAUUCCAGACCAUCUUGAUGACGAUAUCGACGGAGACGGUACUCCAAACGAUCAGGAUAAUGACAUUGAUGGUGAUGGUAUACCAAAUAGCAGAGAUGACGAUGAUGAUGGAGAUGGUGUUCCGGACUGGAAAGAAAAAGACACAGAUGGAGAUGGGAUACCAAAUUACUUGGAUGAUGACAUUGAUGGUGAUGGUAUACCAAACAAUAAAGACAAUGACAUUGACGGGGAUGGAAUACCUAACAUCAAAGACGAUGAUGAUGAUGGGGAUGGAAUUCCCGACCAUCUUGAAAAGGACACAGAUGGUGAUGGUAUACAUGACCAUAUUGAUGAUGAUAUUGAUGGUGAUGGAAUUCCAAAUAAUAAAGACAAUGAUGGCGAUGGAGACGGAAUUCCAGACAAUCUCGAAACGGACACAGACGGUGAUGGCGUUCCAGACUAUCUUGAUGACGAUAUCGACGGAGACGGUACUCCAAACGAUCAGGAUGAUGACAUUGAUGGUGAUGGCAUACCAAAUAGCAGAGAUGACGAUGAUGAUGGAGAUGGUGUUCCGGACUGGAAAGAAAAAGACACAGAUGGAGAUGGGAUACCAAAUUACUUGGAUGAUGACAUUGAUGGUGAUGGUAUACCAAACAAUAAAGACAAUGACAUUGACGGGGAUGGAAUACCUAACAUCAAAGACGAUGAUGAUGAUGGGGAUGGAAUUCCCGACCAUCUUGAAAAGGACACAGAUGGUGAUGGUAUACAUGACCAUAUCGAUGAUGAUAUUGAUGGUGAUGGAAUUCCAAAUAAUAAAGACAAUGAUGGCGAUGGAGACGGAAUUCCAGACAAUCUCGAAACGGACACAGACGGUGAUGGCAUUCCAGACUAUCUUGAUGACGAUAUCGACGGAGACGGUACUCCAAAUGGUCAAGAUGAUGACAUUGAUGGUGAUGGCAUACCAAAUAGCAGAGAUGACGAUGAUGAUGGAGAUGGUGUUCCGGACUGGAAAGAAAAAGACACAGAUGGAGAUGGUAUACCAAAUUACUUAGAUGAUGACAUCGAUGGUGAUGGUAUACCAAACGAUAAAGACAAUGACAUUGACGGGGAUGGAAUACCGAACAUAAAAGACGACGAUGAUGAUGGGGAUGGAAUUCCCGACCAUCUUGAAAAGGACACAGAUGGUGAUGGUAUACAUGACCAUAUUGAUGAUGAUAUUGAUGGUGAUGGAAUUGAAAAUAAUAAAGACAAUGACGACGAUGGGGACGGAAUUCCAGACAAUCUUGAAACGGACACGGACGGUGAUGGCAUUCCAGAUGAUCGUGAUGACGAUAUCGACGGAGACGGUACUCCAAACGAUCGAGAUGAUGACAUUGAUGGCGAUGGUAUACCCAAUAGCAAAGAUGACGAUGAUGAUGGAGAUGGUUUCCCGGACUGGAAAGAAAAAGACACAGAUGGAGACGGGAUACCAAAUUACUUGGAUGAUGACAUCGAUGGUGAUGGUAUACCAAACGAUAAAGACAAUGACGUUGACGGGGAUGGAAUACCGAACAUAAAAGACGACGAUGAUGAUGGGGACGGAAUUCCCGACCAUCUUGAAAAGGACACAGAUGGUGAUGGUAUACAUGACCAUAUUGAUGAUGAUAUUGAUGGUGAUGGUAUUGAAAAUAAUAAAGACAAUGAUGACGAUGGAGACGGAAUUCCAGACAAUCUCGAAACGGAUACGGACGGUGAUGGCAUUCCAGAUUAUCUUGAUGACGAUAUCGAUGGAGACGGUACUCCAAACGAUCAAGAUGAUGAUAUUGAUGGUGAUGGUAUUUCAAAUGACUUAGAUAACGACGAUGAUGGCGAUGGCAUACCAGACAAUCUUGAGAAAGAUACAGAUGGAGAUGGAAGCCCUGAUUAUCUCGAUGACGAUAUAGACGGUGAUGGCAUUCCUAACGAUCAGGACGACGAUGAUGAUGGAGAUGGGAUUUCUGACACGUUGGAGAAAGAUACGGAUGGUGAUGGUAUCCCGGAUUAUCUCGAUGACGACAUAGAUGGAGACGGUAAUCCAAACAGUGAAGAUGAUGAUAUAGAUGGCGAUGGUAUUUCUAAUGAUCAAGACAACGAUGAUGACGGUGAUGGCAUACAAGACAAUAUGGAGCAAGAUACGGACGGCGACGGUAUCCCUGAUGAUUUAGACGAUGAUAUUGAUGGAGACGGUAUUCCAAAUAAUCAGGACGAUGAUAUCGAUGGCGACGGUAUUCGUAAUGAUCAAGACAACGAUGAUGACGGUGAUGGAAUUCCAGAUAAUCAAGAAAAAGAUACGGACGGAGAUAGUAUCCCGGAUUAUCUAGACGACGAUAUUGACGGAGAUGGCAUUCCAAACGAUAGAGAUAUCGAUAUUGAUGGCGAUGGUAUCCCUAAUGCUCAGGACAACGAUGAUGAUGGUGAUGGAAUUCCAGAUUAUCUUGAAAAAGAUACGGACGGCGACGGAAAGCCCGAUUAUCUGGAUGACGAUAUCGAUGGAGACGGUAUUCCAAACGAUCAAGAUGAUGAUGUAGAUGGUGAUGGUAUUUCAAAUGAUCAAGACAUCGAUGAUGACGGUGAUGGCAUACCAGACAAUUUGGAGCAUGAUACGGACGGCGACGGUGUCCCUGAUUAUCAAGACGACGAUGUUGAUGGAGACGGUAUUCCAAAUGAUCAAGACGGUGAUAUUGAUGGUGAUGGUAUUCCAAAUGCUCAAGAUAACGACGAUGAUGGUGAUGGAAUUCCAGAUAAUCUCGACAAAGAUACGGACGGAGAUGGUAUCUCAGAUUAUCUAGACGACGAUAUUGAUGGAGACGGUAUUCCAAAUGAUCAGGACGAUGAUAGUGAUGGUGAUGGUAUUUCUAAUGCUGAAGAUAACGAUGAUGACGGUGACGGUGUUCCAGACGAUCUCGAAAACGACUCAGAUGGCGAUGGCAUUCCGGAUCAUCUUGAUGGUGAUGAUGAUAACGACGGUAUACCGGAUGAUGAAGACACCGAUGAUGACGGUGAUGGAAUUUCAGAUGUUCUUGAAAUUGAUACAGACGGCGAUGGAAUUCCAGAUAAUCUGGACGAUGAUGACGACAAUGAUGGUAUACCCGAUGAGUUAGAUGACGAUGACGAUGGAGAUGGAAUUUCGGAUAACAAAGAAGAUUCAGAUGGAGAUGGUAUUCCUGAUUAUCUUGAUCUCGACGCUGAUGGUGACGGCAUUCCUGACAAGCUUCCAGACAGGGACGGGGACGGAAUACCAGACCACAUCGAUACUGAUGAUGAUAAUAAUGGAAUCCCUGACACAGAAGACACCUCGACGUAUGUUCCUGCGCAAGAGGAAGACGAUUUCGAUUCGGAAGAUGAUAGCAAAACAAAGAGCCUAUUGGGGACAAUUAUUGAGAGUUUUAAGAAUUUGUUUUUGUCAGAUGAUGAUGAAAACACUAAGAGAAAGGGCGUUAAAAACAUUCCAAAAAGUCAAAAUAGUAAAAAAACAUCAAAUAUUCCAAAAUCUAAAAAGACUGUUCAAUUGAAAAGUAGCGAGAAAGAUGAAGAUCACAGUGACGAAGACAUAGAUUUAAUGGAUCUUGUCAAGUCUACAAUAUUUGGAGAAAAAGAUAGUGAAGAUUCGACUGAAGGCGGCACCAAGAGGGUCACGAAAAAUUCUGGCACACGAAAACCAGGAAAUUAGAGGAAAUGUUGAUAAGAUGUCAUCUCUCGUCAAGAAGGCAUUGCGUUGAAACAAUGCAUUUUAAACUUCGUCCAUUUAUUGCAUUUAGAAAGGUUAAAGGUUAUAUUUAUGAUGCUCAAUAAACUAGUUGCUAAAUUUUAGUGUUUGGAAAACAUAAAUAUUGAUGCAUUACCUUGCGAGUUUGGAUAAUUUGAUAAUUGACUCCCCGCAUUGUUAGUUUUCCGGUAAUCAACAUCACGUUAUCAUAAACAAAGGUUUAAUCACCGUACACCAUUAAUGAUGUAACCACAACCAAUGCAAUUAAAGUAUUUAUUAAUAAUAUAUACAACUUAUGAAAGAUCUUUCAAUAAACGCAGAUUUUGUUGUUCUCGUGAAGCCCCGUCGAUUCUCGCGGUCCCGCAAUUUCAAUCACUUGAUUAACCACGGCAUUUGUUCUUUAACAAUGGAAGUCGAUAUAGACAGUCGUUUGCUUUUGUUAAAAGAUCUCUGAUAUAAUGCACCGGUAUAUGAGCUCGAUUGUUUUGUGUUGUUUAUGUUUUCCAUCGCGGAUUUAAGUAUCGCAUAUACCCGUAUAUGUCGUAACCGUAUUCAAUAUGAGAAAACAUCAUUCAUACAAGCAUCCUCAAGAUAGACAUAUAUUUGUUUUAAUAAAUUGGAAGAUUGCACUAUCCAUGUUAUUGUUAAAUUUAACUUAUUUGUAGAUUUUUUUCCAAAUUGCAGAACAAAUACAACCCACGAUUUUCCUAUAAGAUUGGAGUAAUUGGAAUUUGUAUGGAGUCAUUCACUUUAUUCACAUUUAGUAAAGCUGAUGUUUUUUCGUUUAUACGUCACACACGCUGAUAUUACCGUUUCUUGUAUUAUUUCGAUGUUUGCUGUUUAGUUUUUCCUUUCUUUGUAAUAUAUUUGAAUGUUAAGUGGCGACUUUAUUUUGGCUAAGUUCGUAAUAUAUACCAAUCAAGACAAUAAGUUGUAUGAAAAGUAAAGAUUGCACAAGCCGUUAUUGUUUGUUAAAUAUUCAAUUGCUGUUUUACCAGUUGAAUAUUUAAUGUACCACUAUAUUUUUAAAUAUUGACAUGUUCAUGUAUUCAAACAUAUAUUAUGUAAAACUAUUUUCAAAAUGUUUCAAACGUGCGAAUUAUAGAUAUGCAAACAGUAAAGUGUUGAUAGUGAAAGGUGUAUCUUUUGUCUGCUGUAUUUAUCCAUUGUUGUGUUUUUUUUAAUGUUUAUAUGCUCAAAACAGUUAUUGAUAUCGUGAGAUAUUCCCUAAAUAAGUGAAGUUAUACUUUCGUAUUGUAAAACUAAUAGUUCAUUCUAUAGUGUGAAUGAAUCGAAUACCGCAUCAAACUAGCUUGAUAUGUACCGGUAUACAGAAUAUUAUUCACGUGAAUGUUCGAAAGGAUAUAUUGUUUCCAAACCAAUAAAAGGUUGUAGUUUUUUCUUAUAAGUUCAGCGUAAGUUAAGAUUACUUUAAUAAUGCUAUAUGAAUCUUUGCUAAUAUGUUGAACAUUACUUGUACGUUACAUAAUGUGCGUAAAACGCAUACAUGCUUGCUUUCUUUCCUAUAUUUGAUAACCGAUGAUUAUUUCACAUGUCCUCUUUGAUCUUGUCAUAUACAUACUUUGAAUCAUGAUUUAUGUUUGCUUAUCUCUGUGUAUGUUUGUGUUUAUGAUAGAACCACGAUCCUUUUUCAUUACAUUAAAAAAUGAAAAAAUA